ACGGAAGGACGGGCGGCCGGACGGACGGGCGGCCGGCAGCAGCAGCAGCAGCGGGCAGCGGUCGCCGCAGGAGCCGCCGGUAGAUCCAGUUAGGGUGUCCCGCGCCCUCCGGAGGGCUCGUUGUCUGCCUCGCCGCCCCCGCCUCGCCGCCGGGGUGCGGGAAAGCGGAGUGUGAAGGCUGCGGGAGCCGGACAGGGAAGAUGCCCCUGGCGCAACUGGCGGACCCUUGGCAGAAGAUGGCUGUGGAGAGCGCGGCCGAGAGCAGCAGCACCGAGAAUGGGCAGCAAGUUGUGGAUGAACCUAUGGGAGAAGAUGAUAUCAACCCACAAACUGAUGAAGGAAGUAUCAAAGAAAUUGCAAUAACUCACCAUGUAAAGGAAGGACAUGAGAAAGCAGACCCUUCACAAUUUGAACUUCUGAAAGUGCUAGGACAAGGAUCCUUUGGAAAGGUGUUUCUUGUCAAAAAAAUCUCAGGAUCAGAUGCUAGACAGCUUUAUGCAAUGAAGGUAUUGAAAAAGGCCACCUUGAAAGUUCGAGACCGGGUUCGGACAAAGAUGGAACGUGAUAUCCUAGUAGAAGUUAACCAUCCUUUCAUUGUCAAAUUACAUUAUGCUUUUCAAACAGAAGGGAAGCUCUAUCUUAUUUUGGAUUUUCUCAGGGGAGGAGACUUGUUUACACGUUUAUCCAAAGAGGUGAUGUUCACUGAAGAUGACGUUAAGUUUUACCUAGCAGAAUUAGCACUUGCUUUAGACCAUCUACAUAGUCUUGGAAUAAUAUACCGGGACCUAAAACCAGAAAACAUCCUGCUUGAUGAGGAAGGACAUAUCAAAUUAACAGAUUUUGGCUUAAGUAAGGAGUCAAUUGAUCAUGAAAAAAAAGCCUACUCUUUCUGUGGAACAGUGGAAUAUAUGGCACCAGAAGUCGUUAAUAGACGAGGCCAUACACAGAGUGCAGACUGGUGGUCUUUUGGUGUUUUAAUGUUUGAAAUGCUCACUGGUACUCUACCUUUCCAAGGGAAAGACAGAAAAGAAACCAUGACUAUGAUUCUCAAGGCCAAACUUGGAAUGCCCCAGUUCUUGAGUCCUGAAGCACAGAGUCUUCUGCGAAUGCUCUUCAAAAGAAAUCCAGCAAACAGAUUAGGAGCAGGUCCAGAUGGAGUUGAAGAAAUUAAGAGGCAUGCAUUUUUCUCCAAAAUAGAUUGGAAUAAAUUGUACAGGAGGGAAAUUCAUCCCCCUUUUAAACCUGCAACUGGAAGACCUGAAGAUACAUUUUAUUUUGACCCUGAGUUUACAGCAAAAACUCCAAAAGACUCGCCUGGUAUCCCACCUAGUGCUAAUGCACAUCAACUCUUUCGGGGAUUUAGUUUUGUAGCUAUUGCAUCAGAUGAUGAAAGCCAAGCAAUGCAGACAGUUGGAGUGCAUUCAAUUGUCCAGCAGUUGCACAGGAACAGCAUUCAGUUUACUGAUGGAUAUGAAGUAAAGGAAGAUAUUGGAGUUGGGUCUUACUCCAUCUGCAAGAGAUGUAUUCAUAAAGCUUCAAACAUGGAAUAUGCUGUAAAGAUCAUUGACAAAAGUAAAAGAGAUCCAACAGAGGAGAUUGAAAUCCUGCUGCGCUAUGGACAGCAUCCAAAUAUUAUUACUUUAAAAGAUGUGUAUGAUGAUGGAAAAUAUGUAUAUGUAGUAACAGAACUUAUGAAAGGAGGAGAACUGCUGGAUAAAAUUCUUAGACAAAAGUUUUUCUCAGAACGAGAAGCCAGUGCUGUUCUGUUCACAAUAACAAAAACGGUUGAAUAUCUCCAUGCACAAGGGGUUGUUCAUAGAGACCUGAAACCUAGCAAUAUUCUAUAUGUUGACGAAUCUGGUAAUCCAGAGUCGAUUCGGAUUUGUGAUUUUGGCUUUGCAAAACAACUACGAGCAGAAAAUGGUCUUCUGAUGACUCCAUGUUACACAGCAAAUUUUGUUGCACCAGAGGUUUUAAAGAGACAAGGUUAUGAUGCUGCAUGUGACAUCUGGAGCCUUGGGGUUCUGCUUUAUACCAUGCUUACUGGCUACACUCCUUUUGCAAAUGGUCCUGAUGAUACCCCAGAGGAGAUUUUGGCCCGAAUAGGUAGUGGGAAGUUCUCUCUCAGCGGUGGUUAUUGGAAUACUGUUUCAGAAACAGCAAAGGACCUCGUUUCAAAAAUGCUUCAUGUUGACCCACAUCAAAGAUUGACUGCAGCCCAAGUUCUCAGUCACCCCUGGAUAGUUCACUGUGACCAGCUGCCUCAAUACCAGCUGAACAGGCAGGAUGCUCCCCAUCUAGUGAAGGGAGCAAUGGCAGCAACUUACUCUGCUUUGAAUCGUAAUCAGUCACCAGUUUUGGAGCCAGUCGGCCGUUCCACUCUUGCUCAGAGGAGAGGUAUAAAAAAAAUUACCUCAACAGCCCUGUGAAGUGACCUCAACCAGAUAUUUGGUACCACGGCAUAAGAUGAUAGCACAAAUCAUGGCGACAGGUAGCACAUAUCUGACAGAUACCUGCAAGCACACUCUGUCCCAGCUGGUACCUAAAAUGCUGCUGCUCCUGCUGCUGCUAUUGCUUUCAUCUAUUCUCGCUUUAAACUGUUGAUGGCAAGUUACUGAUCUGACUGGAGCUUCAAGUGGAGUGACAAGUGGAAACACAGUGGAAACGAUCAUGUUCACGAGUGAAUAAACCAGAAGAUUUAUGAAUGCCGCCUCUGUCAAAAAUACACUGAAUAAAGCACUCUGCACCACAUAGCAUUAUUUUUAUAAGGAAUAUUUUUUGUCCCCUAAAAUAUUCUUUGUUACAGGUAGAGAUGGACAGUUUAUGUUAAGCACUUAGCUUAAACAAUCUGUUUAUAUUAGCACUAUAUAUACUUUGUGCCAUCCAACAUUUUGUAUGUUUUUGUAAACAGUUCACAAGCAGUACAUUUCUGUGCUGUUUCCUUUAAUGUACACAUGCCUUGUUUUACUUAGAUAUUAUUAGUCAUUUUGACAAUUAAGCCUGAUUAAACAGUUCACCUGGAUUAAUCAGUACUGUUGGACAGCUCUAAAAGAAGCCUGACUGUUAAACAGCUAUUGAAUGUAAUACUAUGAAUAUGUAUUUCUCCUUGCCUACGUCUUUUCUACAUUUCCAUGUUUUUCACACUGCAUGUCAUGUUAUGUAAGUCAGGAUACUGUUUAUAGUAUUCAAAAUUUAAACAGUGGAUGUCUCACCAUACUAUAUAUACAACAGGUAAUAUAACCCAGAGAAAAGAUAACUUGCUCCAUAUCUCUGUCUGUCUUUUGUUCCUCUGCCCCUCCCUUUUAUUCUUUUCCACCUAAUCUCUGGACUCAGGAAUUACUGCUAAAUACUUUCUGAUAGAGGACAUUUCUAUGUUGUUUAUUCUUAUAACCCAUUGUUAAUAUUUUAUCUCCAUUCUGUGACUUUUGUUUAAGCUGCAAAGGAUUUGCUCAGUAAAUGUUGGCAUUAUAGAAGAAAGGCAGCAUUGAAGGUAAAGCAAAACAUAAUGUCAGCUUAUAAGCAGAAGCCUGAAAAAAAAAAAAAAAAGAAAGAAAAGUUUAAAAAACUGUGUUUGUUUCGUCAUCAUUGCAAAACUGAUGGAUUUAAUGUUCUGUCAGUUAUUUUCUCAUUAUUUUAAUUGACAUCCAAAACAAAAUGAGAGGAGAGUCUUCCAGAUCUGUCUGGGAUUAGAAAGGGUUGUUAUAAUAUACCAUAAAAAUAGUAUUGUCCCAGUCAGGUAAAACAAAGCUGUUUGGAGUAAAGUGUUCUCACUUUUCCCCAGAUGGAAGCAGGUUUGCAGUAAUGGUGAAAUACUCAUUUUAAAUACUAAUACAAAAUUUUAAUACUCUCAAUGUCUUAAGUAAUUAAAGGCGUAUCUUGAUGGUUAGUCUUGAAAAAUUAACUGCCCACAUGAGAAAGUGCACUGGAAUGUGUUUGAAUCCAGUGAGUGCCCCACUCCACCAAAAUGUUAUGCCUCAUCAACUCAUUCCAGGCAUGAAAAUGUCUAUUGGGAAUUCCAGCUUUAAUAAAUACAGAUCUGGGUGAAUAGCUCUAUGUGAACAAUACAAUUAAAAAACCUAAAGGUGCAAUGUUUUGUUUUGCAUAAGAAGUUAUUUCUAGGAUUUAGUUGUAUUAAAUUUAUUUUACAGUGAUGAAUUUGCUAGUUUACCUGAAAUCAUCAGAGAUUUGUCGAAAGGGAGAAUUUCAUUUGCUCUAAAUGAAUGUGAAAGUGUUCCUUCUGCCACAAGCUUUUCUGAGUUCCUUGGAGAAGCUCCCUUUGUUAGACUUGCAAACGAUUCCACGUAUGUGUUAAAUAGUUAACACAUCACAAAAUUGAUAAGGAAUCGGUUUUAUGAAUGAGAAUUCUUAAAUUACCAUUGAUCUUAUAAAUUUGACCUUGCAGCUCUUCCGGGCAAUCAGCAUUUCUUCCCUCACUUGGUGCUGUAGCAGUGAAGUUCCAUUUAGCUGUACAGAUGCACCUACCCUUCUUUCAAGAAAGAUCUUUAACUAAAGACAGAAAAAGGCCGUUUUAAUUUUUCUUUGUCAGUGUCUGCAGUUCCAGAGGAACAGUGUUUAAAUAUGUUAAUCUGAAGACUGUCAUAUCUGGUCAACAAAGAAGACUGAAAUAAAGGGAAUGGCAGUACUUGCUACUGUGUCAAUAAUAGCAUUUCAGUUCAGGAAGGAAUUUCUCCUGUGUUCUCAGUGCGUGAAUACAUCCAGAAAGCUGGCCAAGAACAGACAUAAAGGAGGAAGCAUUAAGCUGCUUCAUUAUUGGCAAUAUCUAUGUUAAAAUAACGCAAAAGUACUUACAGUAAUUUUAUUUCAUCCAUAUUUGUGGCUCUCAGGCUCACUGGUCAUUAGCCAAAUAGUGAAGCAAGGUUAACCUGUACAUUUUAUAUAUUUACAUUCUUAAGUAAGCUGUUAAUUUAGUCUAGACUCUACAGAUGUUGCUACCAUGUUGUGUAUAUAGCAGGACAGGAGGAGCAUUUUAAAUGCUAAUAAAACAGGGCAGUAAAGCACAUGCUAACUCAAAUGUGUUGAAGUCCAGUUCCACUGUAUUUUCAAACUGCUUUCUAAACCAAGGUAUAAAGGACCCAUCCAUGCAGGCAGUCUGUUAUAUAAGCUAGACUUACAUGGUUUUAUAAGUACCUUUCCUCCUGUUUUGUGUCCAUGUUCAUCACAUUCAUGUUCAUUUUUAUGUUUUUGUAGAUGCAGUUGUUAGGAGCUAUAAGGAAAUCCAGUUCAUGCUUCUACAAAUCCCAGCACCUUUCUAUUAGAAUGUCAGUUUCUGUGACACACCAUGUACAUUCAUUGCUGGACUGCUUCUUGGUCUGCAAAGCAUAGCAAGAGCCUCUAGGAUAAAUAGUCAAGGGAAGAAAAAGGAGAACUGCAGAUACAGGUGAUUUGUCUGUAUGUAGGUUUCUAUAUGUUGGUUUACUUUUUAUAGUGUGAAGUUAUCACUUACUGUGCUUGAGAGCCUGAGAGAACACAGGGAAGAGUAUAGCUGUAAUACUCAUUAAAUGCCAUCUGUAUCCAGUUAGGGCAAAGGUCUUUAUUCAUGAUCACUGUAACACUGAAUAAAAGUUAAAAGGAGUUCUUCAAGACAAUAUUUAAAACUUUUUUCUAAAGAGUCAAGGGCGUAAGAAAAUAGAUUUAUGUGUCUGUGUUUUGCUUUUGUAAAUGUGGUGUACCAACUAAAGCUGUGCUUUUCUAUUAUUGGAUGGAAAGGAUUCAAAGUAUGCUGGUCCUUAGUAAGCAGCAACGGUUAAUAGAUGAAUUUUCACUUAUGAAAAUGAUGUAAAUGAUUAGCUUUAUCUUGUUGAUACUCUUGACCUAAUCAAAGGGAAGGUGUACUUAUGAGGGAUGUAAUUAUUUUGAAACCUAGUUGGGGGGGCGGGAGGGGAAGGUCUACUUAAAAUGUUUUUAAAAAAUGACAAAAUCACAGAUAAAAUAUUUUUCUACAAUUCUAUACAAUCAUACUUUAUACUAGUUUUCUCAGCAUGGCAUGUAAAUGAGUCUAAGGUACUGUUCCAGAAAAUCAGUGGUAUUGUACCUUGUUCUAGACCAUUACAAGAGCAUCUGUUAGAUGCUUGGCACUGCUGUCAUAGAAGCGAAAUGCUAGUUAAAAAGACAAUUGUACUGAAUACUUUAAAUGAUUGUUUUUUUCAGAGUUUGAUCUAGGAAAUGUUCCAAUCGUGCUAUUAAUGUGUAAUUAGAACUGCUCCGGAUGUAACUAUGAGCAGUUCUGGGAAGGUAACAUUGCUUGUACUCCUGUUUAAUGGCAGGUUUUGUAGUCUUCAAAAGAAAUUGACAUUUCUACUAUGAAUAAACUUUCAAACAUUUAAA